AUGGGGGACGAUGCAGCUCUGAAUUGCAAUGGAACCCAGGGCGGUCAUAAGUUUGCACCAGAGGAGGCUGUGUUCCACGAGGGAAACAGUCUUCUAGACAUGAAAUUUACAGAAGAGAUGAAUGCUCUCCCUAUCGAGAAUCAUGAGAAAGAAACAUAUUCACAUCAAAAUCGAAGUCAUGAACCUAAAUUUGACGACUUGAUGCUGGAAGAGUUCAGCUUUGACUUUCUUCUGCAACCGCCACAAGCGUUUGAGGAAACGGUUGAGGUAAACAAUAAAGCAGUGGCGAGUUCUGAAUCCGUCAAGUACAACGAUAAGCCAGUCCCUCCAGCAUCUUCAAUCCUGGCUUCCUUGGAGCUCUUAAACAAUUACAAAAGCAGGCUCAGGAGACUGAAGGGGCAAAAUAUCAACGACACAACCGAGACUGAUUGCUCAGUGGGUCGCCAGAAGUUGUCGACUGCAGAAAUAAUAAGAGUCACUGGAGAAAGGUACGUCCAAUUCUCAGCCUAUUGGGACGAUAAUACUUGCAUGCCUACGCACCCAUAUGGGUUUGGUCUGGGUGGUCUGUCUGACGAAGAGAACAAAGACGUUGAACUGGCUCAAUUUCUUCUAACUGCAGCCGAGAGGGUAAGCUGCGAACAAUACGAAGGAGCAAACAGGAUCCUUUUACAAUGUGAAUUGAAUUCAUCCGCUUGUGCAACCCCAGUUCAGAAAAUAGUCUACCAUUUCGCUCAAGCUCUGCGAGAGAGGAUCCACAAGGAAACAGGAAUGGUAACAACACUCGACGGAUAUAAGAAAACCGAAAGGCACGAAUUACUUGAGAAGAUCAAUUAUAAUUUACCGUUUAUAUCUACAUGCUUCCGAAAGAUUCCAUUCUGUCAAGCAAUGCAAAUAGCCGGCGUACAGGCUAUGAUAGAGCACCUCGCGUCAGGGACCAAAAUCCAUCUCAUCGAUCUUGAAAUCAGAUGGGGAGUGCAAUGGACGGCUCUGAUGCAAGCCCUCGCGGAGCGUCGUCAAAGACCCCUUCAGCUUCUCACCAUAACUGCUAUUGGAUUCGAAGGCAGAAACGAGUUAGAAGAGACAGGCGAGUGUUUAGCCGAUUUUGCAGGAUCCUUAAACUUGCCCUUCUCAUUUAAAGUGGUUUUUGUGACGGACAUGAUCGAAAUCAGGGAAGAACAAUUCGAGAUCAAUGACGAUGAAGCCGUAGCGGUGUACGCUCCCUGCGUUCUGGCGACAAUGAUACCAAGGCCAGAGUGCUUGGAAAACUUGAUGAGCAUACUGAGGAAAAAGAAACCACGCAUAAUGAUAGUGCAUGAGACGGAAGCAAACAGUAACUCGCAGUUCUUCGGGAAGCGCUUCGUGGAAGCGUUGUUCUUCUUCUCGGCUUAUAUUGAUUGCACUGAAACAUGCAUGAAAGAUGAGGCAGAAUGCAGAGUGGCUAUGGGUGCUUUAUUCAGCGACAGGAUAAGGAACGUUGUGGCCAGGGAAGGCAAAGAAAGGACACAGAGGCAUGUGAAGGUGGAUGUUUGGAGAAGGUUCUUUGCGAGGUACAGAGUGGUGGAGACAAGUUUUAGCGAAUCGUCGCUGUACCAGGCAAACUUGGUGAUCAAGAAUUUUGCACACGGCGACUCUUGCACUCUCGGUAAAAAUGGCAAUAGUCUAACAGUCGGGUGGAAGGGAACCCCACUCCACUCUGUUUCUGCUUGGAAAUUCCUCUGA